AUGACCGAAUUCUAUCCACUUAUUAACAAUAGCAGAAGGCGUUCAAGCGCGCACCACUCAUUUAUAAGCACCAAGACCGUAGCCAAUGUAUUAUCCACGAUCAAACAACAUCCCUAUCGUCCACUGAUUGAUUUGCCUGUGAGGGCAACCAUUGAAGAGACACUCGACCUACUUUUAGCAGAGGAUAUCAUCUCUGUACCUGUGUAUCGAUGCGAUAAUAACAAAAAGCAUUACAUUACGAUUGUGAGCGCUUUAGACCUUUUGAAGUGGUUGAGCAACCAUACCGAUUUGGAAACCCUGCAGAGCACACGAGACAUCAUGCUCAGUCCACUUAGCGAAGCUAUUGGCAUGACGGAUGAGAGUUCUCGCUUGGUUACUAUUCGUCCGACAGAUUCACUGGAAAGUGUUAUUGCACUGUUGAGUAACAACAGUCAUCGCGUUCUUGUGCAAGGCGAGAACACUCCCGUUCUAUUGUCACAGAUGGAUAUUGUCAAAUAUUUACAUUCGCACAAUCACCAGCUGGGCGCUGCCAUUUUGGAUCUUACUGUUCCCACGAUUGUUGAAAAAGCAUUGGCACGACGUCACCAUGACCAAUCCGUCAUUUCUAUCAACUUCAAAACCACGGCCUUGGAUGCGUUUGUCGAAAUGGCCCACAGGCAAAUAGGUGCACUUCCGAUCGUGGAUGAUACGGAUACCUUGGUGGCCGACAUCAGUCCCAAAGAUUUGCGUGGUUUAAAUCGCAACCGAUUCGAUACUUUAGCAAAGCCGGUCAUCAUAUACCUCAAGACGAGCCACGGCGAACUGUGCCCUCCUUUCACUUGUCAUGAACGAUUUACUUUGUCCCAGAUAAUGGCAGCGUUUGUACUGCGGAAAGCUCAACGGAUAUGGUGGUGCAAUCAGGAUGGUCGACUUAACGGUGUUAUAACGCUCAGUGAUUUUUUGGGCACUUUUAUCGACGAAAUAUAA